AUACGCUAACCGCUAUUUUUGAGUAAUGCGUUGCAGGGAAUGAGAUUGUCACUGUUUAUUCAGUUGGCUCUAUUCAUUCGCUAUACUUUUUGUGAUUAUUAUGAUGUCCUUGGAGUAUCUAAAUCUGCCUCAAAUUUGGAAAUUAAGACGGCUUAUAGGAAACUAGCGAAGAAAUGGCAUCCGGAUAAGAAUCCCUCAGAUAAAGCAAACAAAAAGUUUAUUGAAAUAAAUGAAGCUUAUGAGGUACUAUCCAACUCUAAGAAACGACAUGAGUAUGAUACCUUCGGAAAAGUUCAUUCAGACGGGAGUGCACCUCCCCCUGGACAUUAUCCAUACCGUCACGAAUUUGUUCAUUCUUCGUUUGAAGAUCUUUUUGAUUUCUUUCCAGGGUUCAACCGUGCCCCACAAUUCUCAACCAAUGUCCUUAAUAUCGACUUUCGAAGCUAUCGCCUAACCCAUCUCCCACGAUCUCGAACGGUGCCUUUGUUUAUAUUUGGUUAUUCUGAUUUUUGUUUCCCUUGUCGUCAAGUUCGUCCCAUUUGGUCACAAUUAGCAGAUGAGCUUACUCCGUUGGGAAUUACUGUGGCUAGUGUUAAUUUAGAACAUGAUUCUGCAUUGCGUGAAGAGCUACGCGUAUUACAUGUUCCGAGUGUGACGAUAGUUGUUGAUGGACAGGUCUCUUAUUACUCUCGAGGUGAUUUCAGUCAUAAUAGUCUUAUCGAUGCAUUAAGAAGUGCAAUUAUGCAAUCGAAUCCUUCACGGUCUAAGGCGUUACCAAUAUUUCUUAGCACAACAAUCGAUACACCAUUAAUACAAAGUAUUAAUGAUUAUGAUACAUUUGUUAAUACUUUUCAUUAUGGUUGGCGUCGUGACAGUCGACCCAGAAUGGUACUUAUUAAACCAUUAACUUUACCACCGUUACGGUAUUGUGUGGCUGCUUUCAGAGCAGCAGAUCAUUUAGCUGCUGGUUAUAUUAAUUCUGAACCUGGUAACGAUCAUAAUCUUGCUAAGAAAUUCAAUGUGAAUCCAAAUGAGGAGACCUUAUUGAUAUAUCAUGAAGAUUCAAGCAUACCUGUCUAUCGUCAAUCAGCUACAAAAUUAUCACCUACUUUAUUGGAUAAUGCAAUGUUAGCUUAUAGUCAAUUAAAUAUCCCUAGAAUAUAUAGUCGUGCACGACUGUUGGAUUUAUGCCCAACUGAUGGAAGUAAACCAACUAGUAAAUAUGCUUUAGAAUCAGAUAAACAUUAUAAUGAUCAUUCUAAUCAUCGUCAUUUAUGCUUAGUAUUAUUGUUAAAUUCAAAGUUAUCCAAUGUUGAACAAGUAAACAGUUGGGGUGAUAUAUGGUUAACUAUGUUACGUCAUACAUUACAAUUAUCUCAAACAGACUUAUCAAAAUUAUAUCAUACAAAUCAACAUAGUUAUCAUUUCAUGCCUGUACAUAUUUAUGUGGAUCGUCAGAUUAGUUUAAUGCAAAAAUUAAGUACAUCUUCUACAUGUUCAAAUGAAUCGUGUAAUUUACUUAAUGAAGAUAAUAUGGGCCGUUUAGCAUUAAUUUGGCGUAUCAGUUCAACUGAAACAGUUUAUCAAUUUCUUCCCACUAAUUCAAUGUCUCAUCCAAGAAUUCAUUUAAAUGAAAAAAUGCUGAAACCAAAUGAUUUAAAAAGUUUAAUCCUGAAAUCUACUAAACAAAUGUAUACUGCUUUAAUGAAUGAUUUAGAAAAUAUUAUCCAGACAGUAUCUAUUAUUGACAAAUUAAUUAAUCCAACAAAUCAUUUCACUCAUUCAAUUGAUAAAGUGGUAUCUCAAUGGUAUCUACUCAAAGAUUGUAUGAUUGAGGAAUUAAUGAUUGAUGAAUUAGUAGCGUCAAUAUGGAUUAGAAUGAGAAAUAGGCUGUUACAGAUUCUUGUGGAUAUUGGACAUUCAAUGUUUGACCUUGUAAAUCAUCCUUUGGCAUUUGUUUUCUCAAGUUUUAUGAUUAUCAUCGGUUUACUAUUAUUCAGUUUGAUAUCAACACUUGUACAAGCAACAAAAAAUGAACAACAGAAUAAAUGUACUACAGAGAAGCGUUACUACGAAACAAAUCAAGAUGUUAAUACAUCAUCCUCAUCAAACAGUAAUAUUAGUGAUAAAAAUAGUAGUAGUUGUGGUAAUAAUAGCGGUAGUAGUCAGUGUAAAUUUACUGAAGGGUCAUCUGCACUUAUUCCUAUCGUCUCAUUAAAUCCUUCCACAUAUGACCGUCUUGUUCGUGAUGCCCCUAAAGGUUUCAGGCUUCUAGUAUUAUGUGUUCGUGGAACUACUCAAGAUAAUCGAUUACGUGAUCAGUUUGACUUCAAAACUCGUCGAGUUUGUGGAAGUCAAAUUCAACGUGCUUGUCUUUCUAUGGAUCGAUAUUCUGGUUGGCUUGGAAAAUUACUUGAAUCUAUCAGAUCUAAUAUACCAAUACAUAUUCGUUCUAAUAAAACUAUGCGAAAGAAUAGGAAUGUGAAUGAUACUAUUGAUGAUAAUAAUAGUGGAAUUUUAUAUAUUAAUCCAGUGAACUGUGUUGGAACAGUUGUCGCCGUCAAUGGUUAUCGUCGAUAUUUCAAUCUUUAUCAUCCUUUAAUUCCAGGUUCUCAAAGCAGUUCUGAUGAAAAUUCUGUAAGUGAUACAUAAAUUGAAGUUUUGAUGUUUUCUUAUUCUAAGUUAUGUAUUACAGAGUAUUAAUUUAGUUAUACAGAUGAAUGAAUUCCUCUUGAAAAGUUAAGGAGCACUAUCUGAUUAGUUCAUCCAUAGAAUGUAGUGCAGUCAGUCCCCAAAUGCUCCGGUACGGCCGAGAAUGGGGAGAGUCCACUCUCCCUCUCGAAAUGCUCUCACAUGGCCACACGUAUAAAGCCUCUACGGGGGAAGUCCUACUCCCUGCCUUCUCGUGGCGGGAGUGUUGUUUACGAAAAUGAGAGGACGAAUAGCGAAUGUCCGGCGCUUUAACCGGAUUCCAAACCAAUAGUGCACAUGGGCUUUAUUAUCCUGAGGGGAGAAAUGGCGUAUGAACCAAUCGUUGGUCACCGGCUACUAUGGGACUGCAUCUCCUUACGAUGCUCCACUGCCUUGUGGAUCAGACCUUUAGGUCAAAGGCUCGGGUUGUGGCCCUCUAAAAAAACUCCUGCUUCGAUCUGGGCACCCGGGCAGUAUCACAGUCCACACACAAAUAUGGUGUGGCGCAUAUAUAUUUGGUGCCCUCUUGUACCAAUAUUUAUGUGUUUAAAUAAUAAUAAAUAAAAUAGUUAUUUUAAAAAAGUGACUCCUUGUUUCACAAUUCAUGGUAUAAGUUAGAGAAUUGGAGAUAGUGUCAAUUUACUUGUUACAUACAAUCUGUAGAGAUGGAAUUAGGCAUUUGAUGUGAUGAAUACUAUCUUUUUUUACUGUGGUGACAUAAACUAAUUUUCCACCAUUAUUUUAAACAUUUUGAGUAGUAUAAAAUGGCAUUUCGGAUACUCGUUGUGCAUGAUAUUUUAAUUUCGUACAAAGACCUAAAAACUGCGCUCUGAAUUCUGAUUGACUCAUUCCUAAUGUAUACUUCCACUGUAAGGAACGUAUUCGAGAAAUAAGAAGGAUAUAGUAACUUUAAAACUGAAAAUUGAAGAAAAAAAUAAUGAAUACAUCUACUCCACCGUGAUCGAUUCUAAUCUAUGCUACUUAUAGUCUUCAACCAGUGAUCACGAUUGAUGUAAGCAUCCCAAACAGAUAAUUUUCGUCUAGUGAUAUUGCUUAGUACAUCAAACAAUUACUUCAUGUAAUAAUACCACGUCUAUUUUUAUGCAAGUCAGCAUAGUUCAUUGAAACAAAAGGUAUUUGGAGAUGUGUUUAAACCACGUUAAUUAAUAGUGGUUUGCUAGCUCGUUAAUCGAUUUCCCACCCCUACCUGGGGUCCUACGUUUAACCACAUCACUAACCAUUUAGUCGUUCUAUUCUACGAAGGUGAUUCUUCAAAAACAUCUAUCACCAAACAAGCAACCCAUACUUGUUUACUUCAUACGCGAUAUCCCAUAGCUAUAAAGAGAAAUCGAGCAGACUACUGCUUAGUAUACUUUCUUUUUGAUAUCCAUAUCGAUAUCACAUUUAUGCCACACCUGAUGCAUGUUUAAAAAGUCCAAGCAAUCUUCUUUAAUCCAUAUCAUUGUUUUGUUAACCAGUGACUCACCGUUACUAAUGAAACUUUCUAGUGAAGUGAUCAAGUUUCUCAUGUACUUCAUAAUCCAUAAUCAGGUCAUAUGUUGAUUCAAACCAGUCCUAAUGCAAACGUUUGCACUUCUAGGAAGAGUAUUUCAUCCUAAAGUUUAUUGAGUUGUAACUUGAUAAGUUCCAUAGAUUGAAUUUUGUCGAAUUUUUAAUCAAAAUGAGACAUUUCUUAAAUAAAUGCAUAUUCUACAUUUCAAGCAUACCAACUAUUAUAUUUAAAACAUGACACAAUUACACAUUAAAUUUGUAAUAGGUUGAUUGAUUGAAUUUGUAUGCUUCCGUUCUUCAUUAUCACCUAAAACUCAGUUGUCUAUGUUAUUCUGUAUUCUUUUUAUCCACUUUUGUGAUAACUUCUUUUUGUAGACUUUAAGUAUCAUUUUAUGUAUCAUCCACCUCAUUAAGCUUCUAAAGGCUCUCUACUCGAACACAACUGGUCUGGUGUGUGAGGAAAUCUCAGCACAGAUACAGAAGGCUCGACUAGCUUUUGCCAAUUUGCAUCAUUUAUCGCGUAGGCGAGAUACCCGUUUACCAACCAAAUGACGGGUUUACUGUACAGCAGUUCGUUCCAUCCUGCUUUAUUGCAGUGAAACAUGGCCAGUAAGAGUAGAGGAGAUUUGUAGGUUACUAGUAUUUGAUCAUAGGUGUCUUCGAAACAUUGCUCGUAUAUCCUGGGACCAACGAGUAAGUAAUGCAGUUGUUAGGAAACGAGUACUAGGUAAGGAUGGAAAACCAAUUGAUGAGGUAGUGAAACUUCAUCAUUUAAGAUGGCUAGGACACGUGGUACGUAUACCCAACCACCGACUGCCUUGACGUGCACUGUUUUAUGGUGUAGGAAUAGGUUGGAAGAAAGCUAGGGGCGGCCAGACCAAAACACGGCACAAGUCCAUGAAGUCACCGAGAAGUGGACUGAGCCGUGUUGGUAGGUGUAGACUACCUGGUUGGGGACCGCGAGAUGAUGGAAACCGAUGGUUAGACACCUUGAAUGACAUGGCUCAAAAUCGUUUACAUUGGCUCAGGUGCAUCCAUUCUUUGUGUUCUCCUAAAUUCUAUUCUUCUGAAUUCUUCAUGUCUCUUUUUUUUCUCUUUCCAAAUUUAUUCAACUGGAUAGCAUCUUCAAAUCAUAAUGUUUCUGAUUACUGCUUAUACUUUUACACUUCUAGCGCAAUGGGUUUUGAAUGGACAAUUGUAUCUCUGUGCUAAUGUGAUAUGUCAACUCGAACUGAUGUACGUACGUACGAAGUUGUGCGUUGUUACUGAGUGACUCACUGACUAGUUGAUACUUGUCCUCAUAC